AUGGAUUCGGUUGGUGAACUCAGCAACGCAGAAAAGACUGAGCUUGAAAACGGAAAGCAAAAUUUCUUUGCCAUUCUGGAAAAGAUGUCGACAGCUACCGCGGAACCAAUGUCGUUCGUAGAAUCUUGUCAAGAUCACGGUAUUGAUUUCUCAGAUCCGCACAACAUCAAAAUCGAGGGAACGAAUCUAACUCCAUUCCCUCACCAAGUCAUCGGUAAGUUAUUAUUAUUUUGACAACUGUAUACUAACUCUUUACAGAUAUGGCAUGGUUAGCUAGAAUGGAGAAAGGCUUCUUUGGAGGUGGUAUAUUGGCAGGAGAGUGCGGUUCCGGCAAAACCGUCAUAAUCUUCUUGUUGAUACUCAUGGUCCACAAAAAGUUGAAGGCCAAUGGAUGCAAGGAACAUUUUGCGACGUUGAUCAUAGUUCCAUCUGCAGUUGUUGAUGUCUGGUAUCAGGAUUUCAUCAAGUUCUUUAGUGAUGCUUUGAUUUGCCGCAUCUUUUACGGUGGACCGGGCAAUAUGGAUUCGGAUCGAGAGAAGUGUUUCGUAGGAACACACAUUGAGGAUCUUGAUAAGGAAUUAGAAGAUCUAGAUCCUAUUAAUUCAGAUGUAAGUUUACCCACACACGCAAACAAUGACUCGAUUAACACGUUUAUAGACUUCCAAAACCUUCUUCCUAACCUCAUACACCACCUUUGCUCGUAGAGCAAUGAGAGUCACCGAGACUAAUAUGAAAGGCAAAGGCAAACCCAAGUCGAAAGAAGUUAAUUACAUGAGUGACGAAGAGGGGGUCGACAAGAUGGAUCCAUUGGCCGGUCAGGACGAAAGAGUUUUACGAAAAUAUGAACUCACCUUGAAGAACAAUGGAAAGCUUGGGAGAGUUGUUGCGGAUGAAGCGCAUUUAAUCAAGAACCCUUGCACGUUGGCAGCGGAUGCUAUUCACAAGCUCCAAAUUGAGAGAACAACUUUAGUAACGGCCACGCCAAUGAUCAACAGAAUCAAUGACGCUCGGGGUCUUUUAAUUCAGUUGGUUAAGGUAAAGGAAUUACCCCUUAACCUACCUAUUACUGUCCAAGGUCUAGUCUCAAUGUACAGAGAGGGGUUUAAUCCUUUAGUGGAUUUACCUCUAGAGGAAGAUGGAGUUCCGGCAAGACUCAUCGUCCCAAAAACAGAUGAACAACCGGAAGUGGUGAGAUUAUACAAGGCAAUAAAAGCAGGUUGUCCUUUGCAUAUGCUUUGCCCGAAAGCUUUCCUGACGGUCGGUACAAAGUCGGAAUGGGAACCUAGCGUUGCAAGGUUGGUUUUGCGACCGAUAUUAAAGCUUAUCCAAAGACGUAGAUUGAUGAGCAACUCAUUCGAAACCACGAAUGGAAUCAUGGAGACACCGGGUAAAGAUAUACCUCAUUAUACCGUGAAGACCCUCAAGCUUAGGAUGAGACCUAAUCAUAAUAUCUAUUAUCACAACACGACUUCGGAAUGGGAGAAGAAUUUGUUUGUCUCAAAUGAGGUUGGUGUUCCUAUUACCAGCGUCAAAAACCCAAAUUCAAUCUCCGAGGGAACAAUCAACAUGGAGGCAUAUCGUGGCCUUCAACUGUCUAGUUUUGAUGGACAGUUGACGCAAUUGGUCAAGAGAAAGGUUAAGGAUGUACCUGCCGGUACGGCUAAGGAAGUUAGGAGUUGGUAUGACCGUGAUGAUGAUCAUGGUAUUACUUAUAAAUAUCAUCGAACACGUCCAAAGGAGGCAUAUUACAUUACACCUCCCACCAACCGAUUACACAUGGCGACAACUUCUACUGGUUUGUCUCCAAGGCAAAGGGAGAAAGAUGCUUGGCUUUCUUCAAUUGGCCAAUGUCCCAAUGGUAAGUUUAACAUCCAGUUAUUAAUGACAUUAUACUUAUUGAAUAAUAGGGCAGCUGAAGGUGUUCUGGUUCUGCUAGGAUUUAAAGUCAUGUCCAUCAUAGCUAAUCACACGACUGAAGAACGCCGUAAGGCCAUCGAACGAUUCAAUAACCCGGAUCAUGUUGUCGACGUGAUGUUGGUUGGUUUCCGUAUUGGAAGUUACGGCUUAAACUUUCAUCACGCAUGUUGCAAGAUGAUCGUUAGCGAAUAUCCCAACUCACUCGAUAUAUUGCUUCAGGUGUUUGGACGUUUACACAGACUUGAUCAGAAGAAGGCGCAGGAAAUUCUCAUCCUUUUCCUCGAAGGUAGCUUCGAUGAGAGACUAAGAAAUGACAUAGCAAAGAAGUUCAUUGCGAAGCUUAUCGCGGAAGGAGAGUUUGGUGGUGUCGGAGAGAAAGACUUGGUCAAGGAAGCAAGAAAGUUUAUCUCUGAUCUUUUAGGUGAAUCUUAG